CAGUAUAAAGGAUUUAAUGUCUAAAUCACGUCGUAUUCCUUUUUUUGACCGCCACUGUAAGCUUUUUUGUAAAAAAAAAAAACACUCGCACUAAUAACUCGAUCACUCGGGCUAACGUUCUGUCACACACGAUCAAUCCUAUCGUUAUCUCACAAACACAUUUACCACCAUUACAGCACCGGAUGGCUGGCACGCAUCAUUUUAUCGGCUACAGUUAUCAUCGUACUUAUUCAUUUCGUCCGUCCUAGUCAGUUUUUGUAGGACACAAAGAUUAAAAAACCCGCAUUUUACCUCUUCCUCUUGUGUGUACUAGCCUGUCCGUGAAGACAAAGCUAAGUGAAUAUGGCAUUCGCGGUAAAGAAGCGCACCAACAACCGGCUGAACGAGAUCGAAAAGCUUCAACAGCCGGCGAACUUUUUGCCCAAUUCCUACGGUGAUCGAUUUAUUCCCCGUCGAUACGCACUGUCCCGAUCGAGCCGGUUCAAGGCGGAAAGCAUGCCGGAACAGAAAACGGAUCCAAUGGUGAUGAAGGAGAUGCCUGGCUACUGGCGUACCCAUCGCUAUUCGAGCGUGCUGAAAAGCCAGCUCGGGCUGGUCUCGACGCACGAUAAGAUACUGUCCUUCCGCGAUAGCACCAGCCGGCAGGUUUGCAAACGGCUCGCCAACAAGCGCCCGCUAGAGUGCAUCGUCCGCCCCACGUACAGCAACCAGCAGAAGCUGGACUGGAGCUGCCAUCCGCGCACCAAACCGAUCGGGUUCAUCGAAGCCGUGCACGAUCUGCCCAACAUCAAGACGUACUAUCACAAAAUCAUCGACUGGUCCGCGGCCGGGCAGAUUGCGGCAAUCUUCAGCAAAAAGCUCGUCAUCUGGACGCCCAACACGGACGAGAUCAUUGGGCUGGGGGCCCAGUACGCGACGUCGAUCGCGUUCGAGCCGGCGGGCACCCGGCUGGCCAUGGGCAUUUUUAUGAUGAACCGACCGUGGCUGAACAUCUUCGACGACCCGGCCAGGCCGCAGUCGGAGCGGCACGGCUCGCUCAAGAUGCUCGACCCGCUGGACCACCCGAUCAGCUGUCUGACCUGGGACGGUAGCGGACUGUACGUGCUGUGCGGGUUUGGCAAUGGUCAGAUUUCGAUCGUACGCAUCCGGCCGGCGGCCAACAUUAACCAGUGCGAAAGCAAGUACUGCGUGCACAAGGGUUCGAUCAUCGCGAUCAAGUUCUCGUGCGGGUGCCGGUACAUGGCGACCGCGGACGAUCUCGGCCAGCUGUACCUGUGGCACUGGAGCGCCGGCAACCUAACGCCCAUUACCAACUGGGACAGCUCGAUGUGCGCCUUCUUCGACUGGCAUCCGUGGCGCGAGGAUGAGAUUGUGAUCGCCGACAGCGAACCGAUCCUGAUCGCACUGUACCACGUCCCGAGCCGCCAGGUGCUGUCGUACUAUCAACGGCGCGAGAGUGAUUGUAUCUUGACGACGCUUUCGUUCAACAAGCUUUCCGGCGAGCUGGUCGUGUGCUACUCCUUCACCGAUCUCAGCAAACCACCCGAAAUACUUGUUCUCGCGUCGAUGGAUCGCGUGGUGGAUGUGAUGCGCAAUCACGAUGACUGCAUCGUACACCUCCUGUGGAGUCCGGAUGGAAAGCAACUGGCAAGUGUAGGGUAUGAUGAAACGCUCACGAUUUGGAACUUCUUCGGUACCUCACCCACAAACGAAUGCAAGAAGAGGAAGCUGCAAUGCGAACCGCCGGUCAGUAGCGGUAGCUCACGGACCGAUGGAAGAGCGUGUGGGAAUGCUGGCAGUUCCUGGGACGCAUCUCGCAUCCCGUGUAACCGUAACAAAGAAGCCACCUAUCGUGAUCUGGCCUCGAGUUUUCUUUUCAAGGCAAUGCGCUGAUGCUGCUCAGUAUACGCUGCCCGUAGAGUCUAACAGGAAAAGCAAAGGAACAGAAGUCCCCUUGAUGGAGUCAACGGGCAUCGAAUGCGAGUAGGUAAUUAAAUUAGAGACAUAAAUAAUUGCAUAGGGAGGAAGGAAAUGAAGACAAUCUUUUUCCACCUACACUCCGGAGAAGAUGAGGCAAGAUAGGGGACACAUUCGGACUGAGUUUGUUUACAGGCUGCUGGGCGGCCUUUCGAUAACACAGCAGAGCAGAUAGAAUGCAAACGUUGUAUAGGCAUAGGUCCGAUAUUAUAGUCGUUCCAGUUUGUUUAUUUAUUUUAUAUUUAAAGUUCAUUGUAAAGUUCAUAAACCAUCAAGAAGUUUGUUAAAUCAUUUUACCGAGGCCUUCGUGCUUUAAACUCAUCAAAUGUGAUCAUAAGACUAGUUCUUUAUUAUUUCAUUUGUCUGGCGCAACUAGCACAAGCCUAUUAAAACAUUGUUAGCAACAAGUGACCUUUUGAGUAGAAAAAAUUAGUCCCGAACAACCGUGUAAUAUUUUCAUACAUACUGAACAGGUUGUCGUUUCGCGUCCACUGCUGUGCGGUCGUGCGACAGCCUGAGCGGGAUAAAACCUCGCACUCGGAACCACGAAGGUGCAGCAUGUUAAGCUGCUGGCAAACGUAUUUUGUACACCUGACAGCAACAUGCCAAGCGGAUCUGCCACCGUGCACACUCCCCCAUCCAUGGUGUCCGUAUAAUCAAUUAGUAAAACUUCUACUCCCGUAACCUGUCAACUUUAAUCCAAACUCUACAUACUCAUAUUUGUGAGGGACUUUUUCGCACAAUGUCACCGUGAACAGCAAACGGUAGGACAUUUCUUUUCAUUUGUUGAUUUGUGUAUUUGUCAUUUAGUGUCUUGCACAGGUUUUCUGAGUUGUUGAGGUUAAACAAUAUUUGGUAUAUUUUGUAGCAUUUUUAUCGUUUGGUUUAUAGGCAUGUACAGAUAUUGAGAAAGUAGGUAGCUCACGUGACCUGAGCGGUCGUUCAGAAGCAUACAAAUUCAGCUUUUCUUACAGGUAGGGAGAGCCUAUGUCGCCGCGUGUCUCAAGAGUUUGUCCGACUACAAAUCCCAACAUCCUAUUGUAUAAUGAUGAAUCAAGGAUUACAUCAAGAUCCCUGACUGAUGACAAGCGAGACAACUUGUGACUGUGUAAUGAGUACUCAAAGUUUAAAGGUAUUCGUUGUCUGCUGAAUGUAAUUGAGCUAUAUUUAUCCACACAGAGGCUUAGUUGGUUUGCUAAUAUGAUUUAACAUGAUUUGAACGACUUUAUUGAUACGAACAUCA